AUAUUCAAAACAGUAGGGGUCAAACUGAAAUUAUGCCAAAAGCAACACUAGCUUCUCCCCACAUUCCAAAUCCUCCUCCAAGUUGGCCAGGUAACCCAGCUAAGGAUAACCUCUCAACAAGAAAACAAUGAUAACCAAAAAAUGGAAUACACAACAUGGGAUCAAAGAAUCCAAGCAUUAACACACAUCAUAACCAAUCCCACAACUAAACCAACAUUUGAUUCCCAAAUCUUCAUUUCUAGCCAAGUCCCAUGUUAUCUCAACUGGGACUAUCCACCAAUUCUAUGCACCAAAUCUUCCACCAACACUUUCCCUUCAGUGUAUCUGAAAUGGUCUUUCUCAGUUUUCCUGAAAAGGGUUUCAAGACUUGGGGCACCUGAAACUUCAUGGAGGUCCAAAUGCCCAUAUCAACAACCCCCACCACUGGUACUGGCUAAAGGGAUAGAGGAAGCUCAGUGGGGAGAUGAAGAGAGGAGACAAUAUGUGAGGAAAAGGUUUAAAAGGAGACCCUUUGGGAGUGAUGUUCACCCUUUGAUUCCAUUUAUUGUGCCUAAUCUCUUGUUGUUCUCUCUUCUGUUAUGGAACCCUUUUCCAAUUGAUGGGUCAGAUUCUUGAAUUUGGAGCUUGUUUGUGAUAAGGUUGUUCCUAGUUUUGUUUUCUUCAAUCCUAAAUUGGGAAUAUAUGUUUCCCUUGAUAUUUUCUAACAAAGAUUUGGUCAAGAAAUUAUCUCAAA